AUCCCUCCAAAAUCAUUGGAUUUAGGUGUUCCAAUCAGCUCCAUGGCCACAUGUGUAUAAAAAUCAAGCACCUAGGCAUGCAGAAUGCUUCUACAAACAUUUGUGAAAGAAUGGGUCGCUCUCAGGAGCUCAGUGAAUUCAAGCGUGGUACUGUGAUAGGUUGCUACCUGUGCAAUAAGUCCAUCUGUGAAAUUUCCUUGCUACUAAAUAUUCCAUGGUCAACUGUUAGUGGUAUUAUAACAAAGUAGAAGCAACUGGGAUCAACAGCAACUGUAAAGCACGCUGCCACUGGACACUAGAGCAGUGGAGAUGUGUUCUCUGGAGUGACCAAUCACGCUUCUCUGUAUAGCAAUCCAAUCGAUGUGUCUGGGUUUGGCGGUUGCCAGGAGAAUGGUACUUGCCUGACUGCAUUGUGCCAAGUGUAA